ACACAAUGAACGUAUAAACUUUGGGUUUUGCUUUUAUAUCUAAGAUGGCUUACAUUAAUUCCCUACUCAUCAUCUUCUUUGUUUUCUGUUUUCCUUCAAUGGUUCUUUCCGAAUCGUUCCGAUCGAUUCAAUUGCCACCGAAUGUCACGGGUCCCGAAUCCAUUGCCUUUGAGCUGGCAACUGGACGUUUUUACGUCGGUGUAACUGAUGGUAGAAUUUUGCAAUAUAACGGACCGACUGUUGGAUUUGUGGAGUUUGGUUCUACCGGUCGAAAUAGGACUAAGACGAUGUGCGAUGGCAUUACUGAUCCGGAUUUGGGUCCGAUGUGUGGAAGACCAUACGGUUUAGGGUUCCAUUACGCUACGAAUCAGUUGUAUGUUUGUGAUGCAUACCUUGGUCUCAUGGUGUUAGGGUCCGGAAGAAGACUAGCAACCCCACUUUCGACCGGUGUAGAAGGCGUGCCUUACCGCUUUUGCAAUGGUUUAGAUGUCCACCAAUUGUCCGGAAACGUUUUUUUCACCGAUUCCACCACUAACUAUGAUCUAAGAAAUGCUUCGAAAGGAUUGGAAUCGAAUGAUUCGACAGGGAGGUUGUUAAUGUAUAACCCGACCAAUAAUCGAGUUACAGUGUUGCUAAAGAACCUUCCAGGACCAGCAGGGGUAGCAGUUAGCCAAGAUGGAUUAUAUGCUCUAGUCUCCAACUACAAUGCUAACAAUACUAUAAGGUUUUGGCUCCGAGGACCCCGAGCCGACACUUACGAGAUCAUUAACUUCCAGGCAAGGCCAAAUAACAUCCAGAGAACCCUAGUAGGUGACUUUUGGGAGGCAGCUGCCAUGGUAAAACAAUCGACGCAAACAUUGGUGCCCAUAGGGCAGCGGAUCAGUGGACUCGGCCUGGUUCUUCAAACAGUAAAUUUCGAACGAUGGUAUGGCAAUAAAUUGAUCAGUGAAGUGCAGGAGUUCCGCGAUGCACUAUACGUAGCAUCGCCAGAUGUGGAUUUUAUAGGCAUCUAUUCAUUUUAAAUGACGUGACAUCUAUUGGAUUUGAGCUUCAAAUCUUGUCACUUAUGAUCUUGAAGUUAGAUAUAAAAGAAAAUGUAUGUUUUACCUUUAUAUUAUGCUGCAAAAUUAGACUGAGUUGGGAAAGUUGACAUUCCUAAUAUGUAAUAAAGUGUUGAUUUGCUUUUCUUACAAGUAACAA